GGACUUUGUGACAUCAUACUCGUAUCAUAAAGGGGGAUUCCUGUUGUAGUAUGACCAAGCACAGUUCUAAACCCCCUCCCGGCGCCUACGCUAGGCACGAAAUGGUCCGGGGCGGACAUUUUAUUUCGGCGAGUGUACUGUAUGAGUACUGCACGGUCGUCCGUUGUCGUAAUGCUUUUGCCCAAGUGCUGGUACAGUACUUAGUGCCUAAUCGAAUAACGCCCCUCUCUAUCUUCAACCCCCCCCUCCACCCGCUUAAUUUAUUAUAAACACGACAAGUCAACGACGAAAUGGCCACCGCAACAGCUUCACACGGCAGUGCUGGCGGGGGAAUUGCUACUCAGGCCUUGACGGCUAAACCGAACAAAAUUGAUUCAAAAGUACUUCUGGGAGAGUUGCAAAAGGUAUAUACGAGUUUGUGCCCGAGGGGUUACUCCACACUCCCCGUCUCCGUAUUCAAGAGUUACCUAUCCGACACUCAAAAGGUUGCCACCUACGAUGAGCAUUCCGGUAACGAAGAGGAUGUGAAAGAAACCGGGGUGCAAAAAUGGGUGCACAAGGUCUUCGGGCACUCUUCCCAGUCCUUCUCGGCUGAGAAGUUGCUGAGCGAUGAUCAAGAUAUUACGUUCGACGAGUUUGUGUCUUAUCACGCUACCCCUACUAAUUCGGCUUUGGCAUUGCCCGAUUCGAAGGAGAAGGAUUGGAGUAGGCCUUUGAAUGAAUAUUUUAUCUCCAGCUCGCAUAACACCUACCUUACCGGCCAUCAGCUUUAUGGGUCUUCGACUACCGAGGGGUACAUCAAUGUUCUGAGUCGUGGGUGUAGGUGUAUUGAGAUCGAUGUUUGGGAUGGGGAUGAUGGAGAGCCGGAGGUGUUUCAUGGAUAUACACUUACCAAGGAGAUUUCGUUUAGAGAUGUUUGUAAGGCUGUUGCGGAGCACGCCUUCUCCGAGGGGGGUAGCUUGUGGCAAGGAGGUGCUGGAGAGGGACCUGUCAUCAUCAGUUUGGAAUGUCAUGCGGGGCCUAAACAGCAGGAGAAAAUUGUAAAAAUCAUGAGGGAGCAGUGGGGUGAUAUGCUUGUUCAGGGAAUUGAGCCUGAGAAUGUGGAAAACCUCCCGAGUCCGUUGGAGUUGAGAAGGAAGAUUCUGCUAACUUUCCAGGCAAAAUAUCUCCCACCCCCACCAAAGGCCACACCUAUCGACGUAACCGCACCAAGAGUCCCACCUCCAGCAGUCUCAGACUCCUCAUCCGAUUCAUCAGACUCCGAACUCGAGGAAUUGGCGAAAAAGGCCAACAAACAGAAACCCCCGAAGGCAAAGGUUACCCGAGCAUUAGCAGCACUCGGAAUAUACUGUUCAUCUCAUCAUUUCCCGUCUCGCGCGGCUCAACCCUUCACUGAAGAACCCACCUCCAGGAUCCCAAACCAUGUCUACAGUUUCUCUGAGAAAGUCUUCGCAAACCUCCACGCCCAGCACGCGGAGUCAAUUUUCCACCACAACAAAAACUACAUGAUGCGAGUUUACCCCUUCGGCCUCCGUUUUUCGUCCUCAAACGCGGACCCUACCGAAUUCUGGCAACGUGGAGUCCAGCUCGUAGCGCUCAAUUGGCAAAAGUGUGAUGAAGGAAUGAUGCUGAACGAGGGUAUGUUUGCCGGAGAGGGAGGAUACGUGCUAAAACCCGAUAGCUAUCGUCCCGGCGGUAGAGGAAUCCACGAGGACAAGAGGAGCCUAGAUCUUACUAUUGUAGUCAUAGCAGCUGUCAACAUCCCAUUGCCUGAGAAGAGCGAUUCGCCAAAGAGAUUUGAACCGUACGUUAAGAUAGAGGUGCACACCGAUGCGGCCCCUGGGCUAAAGAAAAAGACUAAAGCGAAGCGCGGGAUCGAAUGCACGUGGAAUGAGAAGUUGGAAUUUAAGGGUAUUUCGGGGAUAGUUGAGAAGUUGACUUUCAUUAGGUUCAAAAUCCACGAUGAGGAGUUCGGAAGGGACGAUCUGGCAGCGUGGGCUUGUAUCCGUCUUGAUAGACUGCAAGAGGGUUAUCGCUUUGUGAACCUUAUCAACAACGAAGGUGAUCCUACCAAUGGGCUUAUCCUGGUAAAGAUUUCCAAGCGGGUUUAUUAGUAUAGUAGAGUAGAGCCCGCGUUGGCUUGUUCCGGGCUCUGUACCAAGCAUAGGCUGAAUACUACCAUAUCGCCAUCCGAGUGAGCGGUUAUGGAACCCAAUUUCCUUUCCUCUCUCGUUUCUUCUGUUCAUUCCUGAGAAGUGCACGUACUGUAUUGCUUUAGAAUUCAUUAUGGUAGUCUAGAUUGCCCUCUAAA